CAGAAAGCUGCUGAGAUGAAACUGAAGCAAGGGUCUUUUUUGUGGUACCUUUACCUGGACAAAAUUUACUGCUUGUUGUCUUUGAGAAAUGUGAAGGCCUUGAUGGAGUAUUUUCACCUUCUGGACGCACACCGAAGGAAUACCUUGAAUGAUGUGCUGUUUUUCCAUUUCCUCCACCACGUGACUAACAUGAAAAUCACACAGAUCAAGAUGUUAUUUGACAUGCUGGACUGGACGGCCGUGGGAGAGAUUGGUUUUGACCAGUUCUAUGUGUUGGUUUGUAUAGUGCUGUCACAUCAGAACCAUCUAGAAGAACAGUUUAUGUACCGCCAUUCCCGGCCGGUUUUUGACCUGCUCGACUUGGAUGGGGAGUUGAGAAUAGGUGCAUCCAAUUUCGAAAUGUACAGAUUUCUCUUCAAUAUUAAAAAGCAAGAACUCCGAGAGCUUUUCCAUGACUUUGACAUCACAGGUGACCGACUGCUUAAUUACAAGGAAUUUAAGCUGUACACAAUCUUCUGCACUGACAAAUCCACAGACAGGAAAAAAAGGAGGAAAGAAAGAGAGGAAGAGAGAGAGAGAGAGAAAGGGAAAGAUAAAGAGAAGUAUCAGCAUCUGAGGAAGAUAUUUUCGACUGGGUUAAGCCAGAGGAGUCGGAGUCUCCUUUGAUAUGGAAGUGAGCAUGACUAAUUAAAAUUAACAUGGCCACAUAAA